AUUAUUCCACUAUUAGAUCGUGACUACUAUUUGUUCCACUCGCGAUUGAUUAUUUAGAGAUUUGACAAGUCAUAUAGCUCAACUUUAGAAUGUUUCAGAAAUUUCUAACUGACGUUCUAAAGUGUCAUAGUUAGAAGAUAGUCGAGGUCUUGUGGCCUAGCUUGGCGAAUUCAAAUUUUCGAAUAACAAAUUCUAUUGUGAUCUUUUUGCUCUCAAUUAACGAUGCCUAACCACCAUUGCAUUGACGACGUCGACGUUCCACAAUACUCUUAUUCGAAGCCUGAAGCCGAGAACUGCAGUAGCCGACACUCACCAACGAGCGUUUACGUCUCCAACACCGACGAGCGUCUUCCUGCACUUUACGCAAGCGUUUUCCGCUCGGUGUCGCCUUACAGAGGUGAAGAGAACUAUGGGCAAAUCUCUCCUACACUGACAAUUUCAGAGGUCUCCUCAUUGUCUACGUCUAAGUCGAAAUCGUGCAACAACAGUAGUAGCAGCAGUGACACUAGUUAUUCAGGUCCUGAUUUUGAAUAUGUUGGAACGAACGUCGCCCAUCCAAGGGACAAACGGCCUGUUCAACGUUCAAGCCGAUGUUCCACCAGUGAAUUUAGAAAGGUUAAGAGUUCUCUGAAUACCUACUCGUCUGUGAUAAUGUCGCGGGUGGCUGACGCCAUGGAGAAGUUAGAGACUGAUCGCUCAGAGGAAGACAUAUUUUGCGAGUAUCUAAAAAAGCGCCUGCAGGAUCUGGGUCCACAUGAAAAACGAAGAACCAUUUACAAGCUGCAUACAGUAAUGGCUAAUGAGCUUGACGAGAACGGCGCUUGCUGGGUGCCUUCUAAUGAACGAUUGCAAGCUCCAGCAUCCGUCGUAGAGCUGGAGAAAGGCCUUGAAAAGCUUCUAAGUAAAUUAAACAGAUUCGAACAUGAAUUGAGAAGUAAAUUCAACGAAGUCGAACAUGAAAUGCAAAGUAAAUUAGACGAAGCCAGACAAAACGUGUGCUACUCGGAAAACGUCGAAGUGGUGCAAGAUGUCUGAAGCCUUAUUUUCGUUUCUGAGAAUACUUCAUCUGACGUUGAUAUAACGUCGAAGUAAAUUUGUUUCAACGAAAUUAGCUCAUAAUCAGCGUUGUUUCAAUGUCAUUAGCUUGGAAGCAACGGCUUGUUUUAAGAAUUUUAUAACCUGGACAUUCUCUCCUAAUCCAUGUUGUNGC